UUCAGUGUUUUUAUAUUUUCGGAUUAUGUUUCGGUAAAAGUUAUAGUCAUGUUCUCGGUACCAUAAAGUUUCCAUAAGUUCUUGUGUUUUGUUGUAGUGUGGUGACACUGAGGUAUCGAUUUCUCGUGAAACCGCGUUGUCUUAUGUCGUGUUCCUGUUCGACCGUCAGGUGGAAUCGUAUUGACCAUGACAAUAUUCGUGUUCCUUUUACUGCAACUGAAUUAUUCUUAUACCCGGGCCACCGUGAUAUGCUCGUUCGUAGGGAGCGUACUGCCGUUGGGAUUGGCAUUUUCAACGUUUUGUAGAUCGAUUUGCAUGAUGGUCUUGCCACAACUGUUCUCCGACAAAGGUCGACACGUUCUGCUUAUGUAUGCGUUUAUGUUGACGUUUUCCGGACCUUCCAAGACCACGUUGCAGAAUACCGGGAUUCUAUCAGAAUCGCUCACUUGCCUUCAGGACGAAAUAGAAUCGUCUAUACGACAAAUCGUGGAAAUAAUUAGAAAACCGCUGCUGGCUGUCCGGUCUUCAGUGAUGCGUAUAAAAGCUGAACUAGCCACGGUCAUCGAUAAAAUGAAAAAAUCCAUGAUAGCCGUUAAGAAUACCGUGACGGCGUUAGUGCGGACAAUCAAGUCGGCGUACGAAUGGUUGUACAGUAUGAUGACCAUAUGCAACAAAAGGGUCGGCACGCCGUACCAGAGGUGCACGAGGAUGUUCGACGACGCGUUGGAUGAGUGCAAAGUUAGCGUGACACCUGUUUUCAACUGGAUGUGUUCAAUGUCGUACGUAGUGUCACACGUAUGUUACGCGGUCAAGUUUUUGGACAGUAUCUGCGAGUUUUUCGAUUUCAUAAACGAGUCUAUAUUCGGAUCUAUCCGAGACAGUCUGAAGAGUUAUGUGCGGCAAAUGACAAAUAUGUUUUACGUAUCCAUCGAGAUGAAACAUUCGUUUUCGUUCGAGUCCACCCCGAGCAGACUGUCCAGUGACAUCAUUCGUGGCAUAAUCACGGAAAUCAAAUAUAAGAUCGACAAUGUCGUCCUGUUGUUCGACUGGGCCGGGUUAAUUUUCUCGUUCUUCUUCUUGUACGUGUUUCUGAGGGUGUUGCAAUAUAGACAGAAGUAUUUGACGAUAGAUUCUUAUGAUAACAAAUACUUGACGCAGGAACUAUACGAUCUGGACGAACGGAAACAGAUCCUCGACCGACCUACUAUUUUUCCAUUAAGCAGGAUUGAAAAAAAUAAAUACAUAGAUCGAACGUCUGUCCAUCUGUUGCCGAGGGAGAGGAAAGCGCUGUUCCGGUCGUUGGCCAUAAUGGUGCUGGCCACGUUCAAGAUACUAAUACAGAUGGCCGUGGACUACAGUCUUUAUUGGAUAUUGAUCACAGUCAGGAAGUACGGCAGGAUGUCGUCGAAACUAGACCCGGUCGUGUUAAUCCUAACAUGGAUCUUGGCCAUUGUGCAACCGUACGGUUUACGUUUUCGGUCGUAUACUAUGGGAUACUAUCAUCCAGACGUGGCAAAGACUAGAGCAGUGUGGCUGCAUAAUCGCGUGAUUCUCAGGAGAAUCAAUUUUGUCACGUUCGCACAACGAUUCAUGCGUAGGAAAUUCGGCUUAGGCGGUGAAAAUAGUGCUACGGACACCUCGUGUUUGGAUUUCAUUUAUUCAAGAUAA